CUACUUCUGCGUUUAAAAAUUGUCUGUAUACAUGUAUUAUAAAGAGGAUAAUGUAAUGGGAGGAGCAGAAUAUUGAAAACAUCCAAAAAAAAGUAUAAAAACCAGUAAAUUUCUCGUAAAAGUAACAAUUUUAUUUUGAAGUUGAUCAGAAAUUGUUCUUACUUAUCUAAAGAUGAAAUUACUCGUUUUACUUUUGAUUGCCUCUGUCGCAGUUUGUGCUUAUGCUCGCGAAGUAUGUGAACCAGUUCCAGAAACAGGUGGAGGUCGACCUUGUCAAAAUUGCAUCCAAGGACAAAAAGACAAAUUGACAUACCUUGAAUGGAAACAAAAGAAUUGGGAUCGUCCUGGACAACCUGACGGUACUUGCCCUGGUAACAGAAACAAACGUAUCAUUGCCGGUGCUUACUUGGACCCACCACAAGAAGGAAACAAAUGUUGUUGCGAACCUGUCAACAGUCCCAACUACCCCGAAGUCAACGUUCCAAUAUGUGAACCAGUUCCAGAAACAGGUGGAGGUCGACCUUGUCAAAAUUGCAUCCAAGGACAAAAAGACAAAUUGACAUACCUUGAAUGGAAACAAAAGAAUUGGGAUCGUCCUGGACAACCUGACGGUACUUGCCCUGGUAACAGAAACAAACGUAUCAUUGCCGGUGCUUACUUGGACCCACCACAAGAAGGAAACAAAUGUUGUUGCGAACCUGUCAACAGUCCCAACUACCCCGAAGUCAACGUUCCAAGUGGUCAACCUGAAUAAAUAUUCCAUGGCCCUCUUUAAAUUCUUGUAAAAACAUUAAUGGACAUAAAAGAAAAUAAUAAAACAUUUUUCAAAUAAU